GAGUAAGUGUCUGUUACUGUAGUACCUGUCGAAGAAGACCCUGUUGUAUGAUCGAAGCGUCAGCUUGGACGACGAGUGAGCGGAACGACCAAGCAGGACUGCCCGGGCCAGGCCGCGAAAUCACCGACUAGAUAAAAAGCACCUUUGCUCAUAGAUAGCCAUUGCUGGCAAAAAGGACCCAGACGUGAAAUAUCGUCAGUUAAUAAAAAACAAGCGGCCACCAGAAGAGAGGAACUAUCGAGGCAUGAGAACCUUCUCCUACCAUGAGGCCCUCGGCUUCGAAUGUUUGGAGUUGAGGUAUUAUGACAAAACCGGGCGGGAAGGCAGGCUGGAAGAAGACAUGCCAUUGGACGAGACGUGCACAGACUACAGCAAGAAGAAAUGGAAGUACAAGGAAAGUGCCAAGACAUUCAUACCCGUCAGAUCCAAGCCUAAAGAGCCGUCAGUGAACCCACUAGAUGAUGCAGGUCUGCUGUCCUUCAUGACCUUCUCAUGGCUGACUCCACUCAUCAAAAUGGCGAACAAGGGCAAACUGACACUGGACAACAUCUGGCAACAUUCACCACUCGACACGGCCGAGCCUAACUACAAAAGAUUUGAGCGGCUGUGGCAGGAGGAGGUUGAGAGGGUGGGGAUGGAGAAAGCGUCGCUGCCCAGAACCAUCUGGAGGUUCACCAGGACCAGGAUGCUGAUGACAUAUCUUACCCUCAUGAUUUGUAUGAUAGGUGCAUUCUUAGGGCCUGCGUUUGUGAUCAGGAACCUGCUGAUCUAUGCUGAGUCCAGGGAGGUGAACUGGCCCCUGGGAGUCGGGCUGGUCAUCGCCAUGUUUGUAACAGAGAUGUCCAGAUCUGUGUUUUUCGCAGCCACUUGGUGCCUUAGUUACCGCAGUGCUACAAGAGUCCUGGGGGCCGUCCUGACACUCAUCUUCACCAAGAUUACUCGUCUCAGAAGUCUCAAGGACAAGACAGUAGGGGAGUUGGUGAAUCUGUGUGCUAAUGAUGGCCAGCGACUGUUUGAUGCCACGUCAUUCUUCAUCCUGAUGUGCGGAGCUCCGGCCAUCUUCAUCCUGGGUUUCUGCUACACGCUGUACCUGAUUGGUCCAGCCUCACUGCUGGGCUGUUCCAUGUUCAUCCUGUUCUACCCAUUUCAGGCAGGGAUUUCUCGUCUAACUUCACACCUCAGAAGAAAAUGCAUCGCCAUCACAGACAAACGUGUACGGACCAUGAACGAGAUCCUGACGUGUGUUAAACUCAUCAAGAUGUACGCCUGGGAGAUGCCUUUUGGGAGGGCUGUUAGUGCUGUAAGAAGUGAUGAGAGGAAGGUUCUGGAGAAGGCUGCGUACAUACAGAGUUUCAGUAUCUCCACAUCUCCCCUUGUGCCUGUCCUGGCCAGUAUUCUCACCAUUGUGUUACAUGUGAUGACUGGGAAUGAUCUCACAGCAUCACAGGCCUUUACCAUGUUGGCCAUUUUCAAUUCGAUGCGAUUUAUGUUGGCCACACUUCCGUUCUGCGUCAAAUACCUCGCAGAGAGCAGAGUAGCGCUACAACGUGUCAAGAGUUUGCUUGAUAUGGAGGAAAGGAAGCCCUUCACCACUCGACCUUCAGACCCAGGAAACACCAUCGAGAUCACAGGCGCGACCUUCGCCUGGGACACCAUCAGGCAGGAAGAGGAAGCAGGAAAUCCUGGGACUGCCCCAGUGGCCCAUGGGAAUACUGAGAAAGUUCCUCUGACAAAGGACGAUGCAGAAUCGGUGGAGGAUUUGGUGAAAACACUCGUCAACAUUGACCUGGAGCUCCCAAAGGGCACGUUAACAGGUGUUUGUGGCAGUGUUGGCAGUGGGAAGAGUUCUCUCAUCUCAGGCAUCCUGGGUCAGAUGCGUGUGGUGUGUGGAACAGUAGGACUGACAGGCAGUGUGGCUUACGUGGCCCAGCAGGCCUGGAUCAUGAACGCUUCUGUCAGGGACAACAUCCUGUUUGGAGAGGACUAUGACCAACAGAGGUAUGAAGAUGCUGUGAGAACCUGCAGCCUGACUCAUGACUUCAAUGUGCUGCCAGCAGGAGACUUGACUGAGAUUGGUGAGCGAGGGAUAAACCUGAGUGGAGGUCAGAAACAGCGCAUCAGUCUAGCGCGGGCUGUCUACAGUAACAGGGACGUCUACCUGCUGGACGAUCCACUCAGCGCUGUGGACGCUCACGUGGGACAGCACAUCUUCACCCACUGCAUCAUGGGAGCUCUCAAGGACAAAACUGUGCUGUUUGUCACUCAUCAACUACAGUACCUGCACCUGUGUGACCAGGUUGUCCUGAUGAAGGAUGGUCUGAUAGCAGAGAAGGGUGAACACAGUCAGCUGAUGGCAGCAGGUGAAGACUAUGCCAGGAUGAUACAGGGCUACAUGACAUCACACUGUGAUGAGGAGACAGGGGAGGAAUCUGAUGGAGAAGAGACAGAGCAGCUCAACAACAUCAAGGGAGACAAACUCAUGAGACAAUCAUCAAUGGAUGCACAGCGCAGAAAACGCCUGUCUUCUGUAGUUUCCUCCACCAGUAUUGCUGACAAUGGCGAUGUGUUAGUAGUGGAGGAAGAGGAGGAAGAGGAAGAUUUAUCAGGCAGUCUGGUAACAAAGGAGGAUAUAGAGAGUGGCAGUAUUGGAUGGAGGACAUAUGCUGACUACUUUAAGGCAGGAGGAGGUUACCUGUUAUCUGUGCUGGUCCUUCUGACCUUUAUCUUGGCUGUGGGAGCGAUGGGCUUCAGCAACUUUUGGUUGAGUCUUUGGCUGAGGCAAGGAAGUGGGAACACCACUAUAACAGUGGGUAAUGAGACAGUCAUCAGCACCAGUAUUCGACACCAUCCCGACCUUCACUUCUACAGUCUGGUUUACGGAAUGUCCAUCAUCCUGGUGUUGUUCAUGGUCAUCAUCAAAGGUCUGUCCUUCAUGAAGUUCACCCUUCGGGCCUCCUCCAACCUUCACGACAAGGUGUUCAGGUCUGUCUUCCGCAGCCCCAUGUCUUUCUUUGACACCACACCAACAGGCAGGAUACUCAACCGUUUCUCCAAGGACUUAGACGAAGUGGAUGUGCGACUCCCACUACAAGCUGAGAUGUUUCUGCAGAACUCCUGCCUUCUCCUGUUCUCCAUCGUUAUGGUGGCAUAUGCACUGCCGUACUUUCUCAUCGCCAUUGUGCCACUAGCUGGGAUCUUCCUGUACAUCCGUAACUUUUCUAGCAGUGCCCUGCGUGAACUGAAGAGGUUAGAGAACGUGAGCCGGUCUCCUUGGUUCUGUCAUCUGACUGCUACUGUACAGGGUCUGGCAACUAUUCAUGCUUACAACAAAACAGAGCAGACUGUGGACAGGUUUCUGGCCCUGCUGGAUAAGAACUCCAUGAUCAUGUUUGUGUUCCACUGUGCGAUGCGCUGGCUGGCAGUCCGGCUGGACCAGAUCACCAUCACCAUGUCAACUGUCACCGCUCUGCUGGUGGUCGUUACCCAUGGUUCUGUGCCACCUGCACUGGCAGGGUUGGCUCUGUCUUCUGUUAUACAGAUGACGGGGAUGUUCCAGUUUACAGUUCGACUCAGCUCAGAAACAGAGGCUCGCUUCACGUCAGUCCAGAGAAUUAACAGCUACAUCAAGGGACUUAAACCAGAGGCCCCAUUGACUAUCAAGGAAACUGCGCCGUCCAAGUCCUGGCCUUCAGAGGGUCGUGUACGGUACCAGAAGUACAACAUGCGUUACCGGGAGGGUCUGCCCUUGGUGCUGAAAGAUGUCAGCUUCUCCACAAAACCUUCAGAAAAGGUUGGCAUCGUGGGAAGAACUGGUUCAGGCAAGUCAUCUCUAGGAGUGUCCCUGUUCCGAUUGGUUGAAGCAGCAUCAGGCUCCAUCAGUAUUGAUGACAUCAACAUUUCCACUAUUGGCCUGGAGGACCUGCGCAGCAAGCUGUCAAUCAUCCCACAGGACCCUGUCUUAUUCGUGGGAACUGUCAGGUACAAUUUGGACCCGUUUGAGCAGUACAGUGAUGACCAAAUCUGGAGUGCUCUGGAGAGAACACACAUGAAGCAAGCAAUCUCGGGCCUACAGCUGCAGCUGGAGGCACCUGUUGUGGAAAACGGAGACAACUUCUCAGUGGGAGAGAGACAGCUGCUGUGUAUGGCCAGGGCACUGCUCAGACAUAGCAAGAUCCUGAUGUUAGAUGAGGCGACAGCAGCCAUUGACCCAGAGACAGACAACCUGAUCCAGACAACUAUUCGGGAGGCCUUCAGUGACUGCACCAUGCUGACCAUCGCACACAGACUUAACACUGUACUGACCUGUGACAGGAUACUGGUCAUGGAGGAUGGAGAGGUGGUUGAGUUUGAUUCUCCCAGCUCACUGCUAGCAGACGUCAACUCACACUUCUAUGCCAUGAUGUCAGCUACGAACGUCAACAACCAGCUGCUAAAUUAGACAUACACAUGCAUAUACAUGUAUUCCAAAAAGCAGUUACUCAAGCAACUGGAUAUGAUUUUGAAAACGUCAGACGUUUCAGCUAGUA